AGACGACAUAUCAACAUCCGGGGCCGGGGGUCGCGGAGCCGUCCGCCUACGGGGGCCGGGACGUCGGCUGAGCGUCUCUCGUUUUCGGACCGCUGCAACAUCGCGGUGGGGCUCGAAAGCGGGGACCUUUUGGGACGCCGCAUCUGGAGACGCGGUCUCGGACCGGCCAUUUCGGUGUAGAAGUGGCAGCACGGCAGACUGGUCAAACAAAUGGAUUUUACAGAGGCUUAUGCGGACACGUGCUCUACGGUUGGACUUGCUGCCAGGGAAGGCAAUGUUAAAGUCUUAAGGAAACUGCUCAAAAAGGGCCGAAGUGUCGAUGUUGCUGAUAACAGGGGAUGGAUGCCAAUUCAUGAAGCAGCUUAUCACAACUCUGUAGAAUGUUUGCAGAUGUUAAUUAAUGCAGAUUCAUCUGAAAACUACAUUAAGAUGAAGACCUUUGAAGGUUUCUGUGCUUUACAUCUCGCUGCAAGUCAAGGACAUUGGAAAAUCGUACAGAUUCUUUUAGAAGCUGGGGCAGAUCCUAAUGCAACUACUUUAGAAGAAACGACACCAUUGUUUUUAGCUGUUGAAAAUGGACAGAUAGAUGUGUUAAAGCUGUUGCUUCAACAUGGAGCAAAUGUUAAUGGAUCCCAUUCUAUGUGUGGAUGGAACUCCUUGCACCAGGCUUCUUUUCAGGAAAAUGCUGAGAUCAUAAAAUUGCUUCUUAAAAAAGGAGCAAACAAGGAAUGCCAGGAUGAUUUUGGAAUCACACCUUUAUUUGUGGCUGCUCAAUAUGGCAAGCUAGAAAGCUUGAGCAUACUUAUUUCAUCCGGUGCAAAUGUCAAUUGUCAAGCCUUGGACAAAGCUACUCCCUUGUUCAUUGCUGCUCAAGAGGGACACACAAAAUGUGUGGAGCUUUUGCUCUCCAGUGGGGCAGAUCCUGAUCUUUACUGUAAUGAGGACAAUUGGCAGUUACCUAUUCAUGCAGCUGCACAAAUGGGCCAUACAAAAAUCUUGGACUUAUUAAUACCACUUACUAACCGGGCCUGUGACACUGAGCUAAACAAAGUAAGCCCUGUUUACUCAGCAGUGUUUGGGGGACAUGAAGAUUGCCUAGAAAUAUUACUCCGGAAUGGCUACAGCCCAGACGCCCAGGCGUGCCUUGUCUUUGGAUUCAGUUCUCCUGUGUGCAUGGCUUUCCAAAAGGACUGUGAGUUCUUUGGAAUUGUGAACAUUCUUUUGAAAUAUGGAGCCCGGAUAAAUGAACUUCAUUUGGCAUACUGCCUGAAGUACGAGAAGUUUUCGAUAUUUCGCUACUUUUUGAGGAAAGGUUGCUCAUUGGGACCAUGGAACCAUAUAUAUGAAUUUGUAAAUCAUGCAGUUAAAGCACAAGCAAAAUAUAAGGAAUGGUUACCACAUCUUCUGGUUGCUGGAUUUGACCCACAGGUUCUACUGUGUAAUUCUUGGAUCGACUCAGUCAGCAUUGACACCCUUACCUUCACUUUGGAGUUUACUAAUUGGAAGACACUUCCGCCAGCUGUUGAAAGGAUGCUCUCUGCUCGUGCCUCAAACGCUUGGAUUCUACAGCAACAUAUUGCCACUAUUCCAUCCCUGACCCAUCUUUGUCGUUUGGAAAUUCGGUCCAGUCUAAAAUCAGAACGUCUACGGUCUGACAGUUAUAUUAGCGAGUUGCCGCUUCCCAGAAGCCUACAUAAUUAUUUGCUCUAUGAAGAUGUUCUGAGGAUGUAUGAGGUUCCGGAACUGGCAGCUAUUCAAGAUGGAUAAAUCUGUGAAACUCCUUAUCACAGCUCAUUUUUUCCUCUGAAAAACCAUCGAGACAAAAGAGCCAUGGAGUACAAGGUUUUAUGAUUUUGUAGUCAAAAGAUGAUUAUUGUUUGUGAGAUAGGUUAGGUUUUGGGGGGCUAGUAGUUUAAUGUGAAUGUUUAUGUUUACAACUAGCCUUCCCAGUAAAAAAAAAAAAAGAAAGAAAGAAAGAAAAGUAAAUCUCACUUAUAUUACUUUAUUGCAGCUUCAUCACCAGUACAUUAUAUGUUGUAAUAUUUAUUUACCUGACCAUUUUCCGCUUUAUUUUGCUAAUAAACUGUGAUGUUGCUUCUAGUGCUAAACAUGGCAUAUUUCCACCUAUGAUUCGUGUUUACCUGGUGCUAGGAGCUCAGAAUGGAAUGCAUAAAGCUUCACUGGAAGUGUAUACAACUGUGGUGUAGAAUCUGUUGUUGUUAUUAUUUUACUUAGACUUGAAGAUGUCUUAUGUUUAUUAAAGAACACGUCUUCCUA